AUGAUGAAUGAAUAGGAGUUUGAAGAGUUUAAGUAGAAUGUUAGAGAGGCAAGAAAAAAUAGAUUAUAUGUAAACUGGAGAAACUCAGAGGGUUCAGAUUGUCGUACCAUUGGACCAAGUUCUUAGUGCUUUUGUGGUCACAGAUACAAGGAGCACAACUUUGAUGAUGUAAAAAAUAAAAAAAUUCACUGCAGAGCACCUAAAUGUGCAUGCAAAAUGUUUACUUAUAUACCAAUAUUCGGUUCUCAAGAUUUAAAAUGCCUAUGCAAACAUUCAUGCAAGGAUCAUCAUCCAAACACAAGAAAAUGUCUUAAACCUGGCUGUAAAAAUUGUCAUUCAGGAUUUACAAGUAAGCAUGGCUGCUCAUGUCCAGAUGUAUUCGAUAACCAUGAGACAGUAUUUGAAACUAGAGAAGAGAGAGAAAUGAGUGGAAGACCUGUUGACCCUAAAUGGAUGCAAGAAUAAAAUGUAACUAUUUCCAUAGAUAAAUUGAAUAUUUUUUAGAUGACUGCAGGAAUGGGAGGCUUAACUUAAGGUUUCAUGGAUCUGGUGGAAGGAUAGGAUAAAUAGGAUUUCUAAAAUCCAGCUGCAAUAAUGAGUAACUUACAAGGGGGAAAUAUGCUAAUGGGAUCUUAGAUGAAGGCAAUCGGCUCAUCUGGAUCUGGAGUCGGAUCGAGAGGAUAAAAAGCUAUUGGAAAUGGCAACAGUUUGCAAAAUGUGGGACAAUAGAUUAUGCAGUCUAACUCUUAAAGUAUAUUAAAUACAUAGAAUGCUUUCGCAUUAUUCAGCACUCCUCAUUAAUUUGGAUAGGUGGGUCAAAUAAAAAAGCAACUAAAAAAUCUAAAGAUGCGAUGA